AAAAUAAUUUAGAGACCGCCGAAACGGAAGAAAAAGAAAUAUUGUAUUGGGCCGUCAUCGUAUUUUGUUGGGCGAAAGUUUGGGCCUUCAUCGUCCGGCACUGACAAGGGAGAUUCCGACCACCGUACUUCACCGCUUGCCGGCCGAUCAUUUGGCUAAUCAAUAAGCUUCCGGGGUUGAGGUUUAGUUCUGCUUCCAUCUAGCUCGGAGUCGGAAGUCUGUCCCGUGUUCCCUAACCCUACCUAGAAUUGGGUUUUAGGCAAAGGGUCAAAAACCCUAACUUCACUCUCAUUCCUCCACUGAGUUCUUCAGCCAUGUAUGGUGGUGACGAGGUAUCUGCUAUAGUUAUUGACCUGGGUUCUCACACUUGCAAAGCUGGUUAUGCUGGAGAGGAUGCUCCCAAGGCUGUUUUCCCCUCUGUUGUUGGAUGUACUGAUGAAAUGGAUGUUGAUGACACUACAAGUACCGAAAAGAACUCUGGAUCUGCUGGAGAAGCUAAGAGUAAUGCUAAGACUCUUGACUCUGAUAAAGGCAAGGGAAAACGCAAACUAUAUGUUGGUUCUCAAGCUUUAGGGUUCCGCCGUGAUAAUAUGGAGGUACUUUCGCCUAUUAAGGAUGGAGUUGUUGUUGAUUGGGAUAUGGUCGAUAGCAUAUGGGACCAUGCUUUCAGGGAAUGUCUACUUAUUGAUCCCCAAGAACAUCCCAUGCUACUUGCCGAACCAUCUUCUAACUCACAACAACAGAGAGAAAGGACGGCUGAGAUUAUGUUUGAGAAGUACAAAGUUCCUGCAUUGUUUUUGGCAAAAAAUGCUGUUCUCACGUCUUUUGCAUCAGGUCGUGCUACAUCACUCGUUGUUGACAGUGGUGGUGGAUCAACAACUGUCGCUCCAGUACAUGAUGGCUAUGUUCUACAAAAGGCUGUUGUAUCUUCUCCUGUUGGUGGAGAAUUUCUUACUGAUUGUUUGUUAAAAAGUUUGGAGAGCAAAGGUAUCAAGAUAAUGCCAAGAUACUCCUUCAAGAGAAAGGAAAUACGACCCGGAGAAUUUCAGAUAGUGGAACUUGAUUUCCCAAACACAACUGAAAGUUACAAACUGUACUCACAGAGGGUAAUUGCCAGUGAUAUAAAAGAAUGUGUAUGCCGAGCACCAGAUACUCCUUAUGAUGAAAGUGCAUAUUCAAAUAUCCCAAUGACGCCAUAUGAACUUCCUGAUGGCCAGACUAUUGAGAUUGGGGCCGAUAGAUUCAAGAUUCCUGAUGUUCUAUUUAACCCGUCCCUAGUGCAGACUAUACCUGGGAUGGAGAGUUUCACUGAAACAGCUCGCUCGGUUCAGGGAUUGCCGCAUAUGGUAAUCGAGAGUAUAAAUAAAUGUGAUGUGGAUAUUCGCAGGGAACUAUUUAGCAGUAUACUGCUUGCUGGUGGAACAGCUUCAAUGCAACAGCUCAAAGAACGUCUUGAGAAAGAUUUGUUAGAGGAGUCUCCUCAAGCUGCUAGGGUAAAAGUAUUGGCGAGCGGUAAUGCAACAGAACGAAGAUUCAGUGUCUGGAUCGGAGGGAGUAUAUUGGCCUCUCUUGGUUCAUUUCAGCAAAUGUGGUUCUCCAAAUCCGAGUACGAAGAACAUGGGGCUUCCUAUAUUCAAAGAAAAUGCCCGUAGACAGUAGACAUCUUUCUUUGAAAUGAUAAACUACAAAAGGUUUUUGGAUGCUCGAUCUAGAUGUAAGCUUUGUCCUCAGGACAACAGGUUGUUAACUUUUAGUUUCCGUAGGCAACUCCAGAAAUUCUGUUUAGCUUCUCUUAGCAUCUGCGAAGCUAGAAUACCAUCAAUUCCCUGAUAUACUAGUAGAGAAAGGUUUAAAUUAACUUCCAUCAUUUUCAUUAUAUGUGAAUGUAUUGCCCCCAUUAAUUUGCUGUUUUAUUUGUAUAUUUUAAUUUAUGGCCUUGAAGGCAGCCACUAGUACUACAUGGUAGUGCUACAACAUUGCCUUCGACUAUGGGACACAAGGCAUUCUCCCUAGGAAAUGGUAAAAAUGAUGUGAAUGAGAAUGUUAGUGGUAAAAAUUAUUUGAUAUUA